CUUUCACGCAAAAAAAAAAAAAAAAGUGGUGUCACGUGAUUAUUUCCUCACGCGCAAGGUGCAGUCGUCGUCACAACAAACACCAUGGCGGACUCGGAGCGGUAUUCGUGGACGGACGAGGAGACUCGUUAUUUUCUUCAUUUAAUGGAAGAAAACGAUAUAACGUGUAUUUUUGACGGGAAACGACAGAGAAAUGCUGCAACCUUUCAGGAGUUGCAACGAAAAAUGGCAAGAAAUGGCUACACCAAGCCAUGGCACAUUCUACGCAGCAAAUGGAAGGUAUUGAAGCAGCGUUACCUGGCAGAAAAGCGUGACCUUUCACGUAGUGGUUCUGGGGGGAAAAAGAGGACGAAGUUUAAAUUUUUCAGUGAAAUGGAUCACAUACUGGGCCAGAGGCCGAUAGUAUCAUCGUUUUCUACAAACAUCAACAGCUCUGAGACCCCUGAGCUCUGUGAAGGGCGGGAAAAUGAAGAUGACUGCAGUGUGUCGACAGAUUGUCUACCAAAUGAUUCACUUACCCCCUCUGAUAGUGGACCAGUGACUGAUUCAAAUACGGAGUCACCCUCCAUGGACCAGCCUGAUGAAACUGUUCAACAGGAUUCUGACCCACCACCCAAUGCAUCAAGAUGGAGGCGAAGUCAUCAGCAUGCCCCAAAAAGGAAGCAGUUGGCUGAGUUGAAAGCCAUGUUUCAUGAUUUCCUCGAUCAGCAGCGUGAGCAAGCAGAGCGAGAUCAGCAAGUCGUUCAGUCAAUUGCCACUGUUAUCUCUCAAGCUGUUCAAUGUUUUGAGCGUUGUGCUAAUGCUGCAGAAAGGCAUGCUCGUGCAUCUGAGGUGAUGGCUGGUUUGAGGCAACCAGAGAGUUUGCACAACCAACCCAGCUGCUCUAAUCAUACAUUGUCCCAUCUCCCCUACAACCAUGCAGGCAUUUCAGCACCUUCUUCUUUGAAUACUCAUCCUAAUAUGUCAUUCAGCACAUACCUAAACUUGGAUUAAGUAGUUUUGG